AUGGCUCCUCUGACUUCAGAAGAGUACAAAGUACUCGAGCAAUCACGACAACGCCUUGUUCAAUUAACUCGUUCUCUGGGCUCUCUGGUAUCCAGUCUAGAACAAGGCGAUCCCCUUCCGCCAUGGUAUACAGCUUCCCCAAGCCCCCAGUCUUCUCCCAAUGAUCUCCGAAUAACCUUGAAUCCCAGGUCCUCACUGCAAUCUCAAGCGAGCAUUAUAUCAAACAACCUCAUCAGCGUGACCGAGCACCUCUCCGAUCAUCGCGACCUUCUAUCCUCUAUUGUCGCAUACCCCGGUCCCGAGUACCCCGGCCGCACGCAAGAGGCCAUGCUCCAACAACUUUUGCGCACAAAACUCGAUCCUCGAGUCGACGAUUGGGUUGCGCGCGGUCGUGCUGCCGGCACCGAAUCUUCCCAGUCUGCCCUCGAUUCCUCGCGCACGAUACCGAAUCCCAGCGCCGCCGCAAAUACCACUACGAAACAGCUCAGCGAGGCGGAGCUCAAAGAGCUGUGGGAAUGGGCACCUAUCGAGGCUAACCAGGAAGCUCGACAACGGAAUUGGGGUGGCAAUUAUACGCUAGAAGAGCGCGAGGCUGGCAUACAGAACGUCGUUACGGGCCUACGGAGACAGCUGGAAGAUGACGAUGCCAGCGAGGAUGAGGAAGAGGAUGAGGAGGAUGACGGCGAGGACGAGAUGGAUAUUGUGGGCGUGCAUCGCAAAUCUGGGGGCGGUUUCGAGUUUGACAUUGCACCGCAUCACACUCAUGCAGUACACCCCGUUGUACCGCUAGAUCAGAUUCUUCGAUACAUGACAACGGGGCACAUGCCGUGA